AGGAGUAAAUUUAAUUGUUGUUAACAUUGUAUUUUUUGGUAAUUUUAUCGGACUGUCUGUGGUAAUCAGUCGACAGCAGUCAGCUGCCAGCGGUGGCAGCGUUCAGAUUUAAAGUGGGUUGUUCUUGUUUUAAAUUGUGUAAUUAUUUGCACUUUAUUUUAUUUCCAAGUCUUUUGACUUCGAUAAAGAAAGUUUUAUUAAUGUUCACAUGGCGGGUUCUUCAUCUUUUCUCUUAAAAACAAAAAUGUUCAACAUCUUUUGUAAAGUCCGUCUAAUUCCUAAACCAAUAGAAAUGAGUUUUGAAAUUUGAAGAUGAAUAAUGACUAGCACUUCUGUCAUAUCAAAACAAAACGCAUUAAUUGUCCAAAUGCAAUAAGUCAAUAUAUCCAUCAGUUGAUAAAUUGGUCUCUUAACAACGGUGAACAUAAAUGGUACAUAACAAAAAAUGCUUGUUUCAAGGUUUAUCCUCUGUUUAGUGGUUUUAACGGUUUUCGUAAAGAAAUCAUAUUCAAACACUUGUCUCACUGAAGAUACACAGCCGAAGAGGGUUGUUCAUUAUGAAGGUCAAGUAAUAAGUAUAAAUUUCGAAAUUUCACGGAGAGUGACGCAAAGACUUGUGACUAGGAUAAUGAAACUUUUUUUAACUGAUGUUUUGGGCCAUCCGGAUGUUGCCGUAAUAGAACAUGAAGAUUUUUUUCAAACAAAUGACACUUAUUCUAGACUUUCGGAUAAAAUGAUAAAUUCUGGAUAUAAAGUAAUUCCAGAAGUUAUGGUAAAUAUGGAGGUGUGGAUACCGCCUCAUCUUGACACAAUGCCACUUUUAAGUAAAUACAAUGUGAGAGAAUUGGGUUCAGUCACGUCGCCAGGACGAUUUGGUUGGUUCACGCCAGAAACACUGUCAAAGAUUGACGACAAUUGGUUAACUUUUACAAAAAGAGAAUCUGUUUCGCGCUUCGUGCUUGACGAUAACAGUUUAAAGCUAGUCAGAAAUAAUUUAAUGAAUCCCAGGACGAGAGAAUUUUACUGUCAAACGGAAUUUUGUCAAAACGGAAUGUACAUUCCGAAACAAUGUCAAUUACACAAAAACGAAUCUUGUGCAACACUUUUAGCCGAAUAUCCGGACGUUACUUUAUUUAUUAAGGAUCACAUUGACUUAUUAAAGUUGUAUGUUCAAGUUGCGUGGGUUGGACCAAACCUAAAGUACUUAGCAAAGUACUUAACGAAACAAUUAUCAGAGAAUAUUACCUUAACAAACAUAUCAAAUAAAUCAAUUGUUAUACUUCACUGGACUCCCAGUUUGAUCAUUCCUAACGAAAGAGAAUUCAUACCCAUUGAAUUUCCACAUUGUCGCGAACACAUGGUCGUGGGGUGUUCGUAUGAAUCUAAUAAAAUGGAAAAAGUAGUGUGGGAUCAAUUAGAGAUUGCAGCACGAUUUGCAUUUGAAGCUAUAAGUCGAGCCAAGUUUACAAGACAAAUGUACGAAGACUUAAUCGAUAGAUAUAAUAAAUUCGGAAAAUCUGUGGUAGAUGAAGAAGCGAUAGCUUGUGGUUGGCUGAAAGAUAAUUUAAAUUACACUUUAACAGAAUGGAAGCCAAAAAUCGAGAAUAAGAACGAACUAGUGAUUGGGGGGAUAUUUCCAAUGACCGGCGACUUUUACUCGGCAAAGUCGAUCGUUAUUGCUGCGAAAAUGGCCAAGGAAGCUAUCAAUGUGGAUAAUGUGGUUUUGACAGAUUAUAAAAUUACUCUAAAGGCCGGCGAUGGACAAUGCAAACCUGAAAUGGUAAUGAAAUCCUUCAUAGAUUAUAUUAUUCAUACGACUUAUGAGAAAUUAAUUGGAGUACUAGGUCCAGCUUGCUCCGAAACAGUAGAACCCCUAAUAGGUAUUUCUAAACAUUAUAAAACUGUAGUCAUUAGCUAUGGAGCUGAAGGUUCGAGUUUUAGUGACAGAAGUCGAUAUCCAUACUUUUUUAGAACAAUCGGCGAAAAUAAGCAAUACAAGUACGUGUAUUUUACUUUAUUUAAAAAAUUCCAAUGGAAAAGGGUGGCUGCUCUCACUGAGGAUGGUCAAAAGUACACUGAAUAUAUUUCCUACAUGCAAGACAUACUCAGGGACAAUGACAUUAAUCUGAUUGGCAACAUCAAGUUUCCCAGAGAACGAGAACUCGAUGUCAUGACAAAGUAUUUGCAAGAACUGAAAGAAAAGCGUGCUCGAAUUAUUAUUGCUGAUGUGAAUGAUCAAGUAGCACGUCAGGUGAUGUGUGAGGCUUAUAAAUUGCAAAUGACUGGAGCACAGGGUUAUGUUUGGUUUCUUCCUGUAUGGCUUCAUUCAAAUUGGUAUGACAUUGAUUUGCACAAUGAAAAACUUGGAUCUAACAUAUCAUGUUCUACAGAUGAAAUGAAGAAAGCUAUUGACGGCCAUUUUGGCGUCUCUCAUUCUUAUUAUGGCAAUGAUAAUGAUAUUAUGCAAGAAGGUAUUACUGUCGGCGAAUGGAGACGAAAGUAUGAACAACGUUGUGCUUCGCAAAACCAACGCACAUCAGCAUACGCGGGCUUUGCAUAUGAUGCAAUGUGGACUUAUGCUUUGGCAAUGGACAAACUUUUAAAGGAGAAUCAGAGUUAUGUGUUCGAUCUUCAUUCUGUUCAGACAGUAAACAGAUUUACUAAGAUAAUUGCUCAAACUGAUUUUCAUGGGGUUUCGGGUCACAUAAAAUUCAUUAAUGGCCCAUCAAGACUUUCCAUCAUAAAAAUAAUCCAAAGAAUUGGCGAUGAGAUACGUGAAGUAGGAAACUUUUAUCCCAAUGAGUCAAAAGGCUACGGAGGUAGUUUAGACCUGAAUAUGUCUGCAAUAGUUUGGUUAACAAAAAGCAUACCCGACGAUGGAUCUGAAGCGCCAGUCAAAUGUGUUCUCUCAAACUUGGCAGAUCUCUUGAAUGUUUCAUGUGAAGGAGCUAUAAUAAUAGCCAAUGUAAUCGGAUUUGGAUUUCUCGGAUUGUUCCUUGUAAUUGGUUUCAUGAUGAUCAAAAGAAGAUACGACAAGAAGAUGCAAGUUCAAGAAAAAUAUAUGAAAUCUCUUGGUUUAGAUCUUCAAGAAACGGACUCUUCAAGUUUAUGGGAAAUACCGCGCGAUCGUGUUGUGAUAAAUCGAAAAAUAGGAGAAGGAGCUUUCGGCACUGUUUACGGAGGGGAAGCAUUUUUCCCUGAGAAGGGCUGGUUGGCCGUAGCUGUCAAAACUUUAAAGGUCGGUAGUUCAACGGAAGUGAAGCUUGAUUUUCUCAGUGAGGUUGAAGUUAUGAAAAGAUUUGAUCACAAAAAUAUUAUAAAACUGCUGGCAGUUUGUGUGAAAUGUGAACCCGUACUUACUGUCAUGGAAUUUAUGCUUUAUGGAGAUUUAAAGACUUAUUUGCUAGCCCGCAGACAUCUUGUGAAUGAUCAAAAAUAUGAAGACUCUGAAGAGAUUUCAAGUAAAAAACUGACAGCAAUGGCUUUAGAUGUGGGAAGGGCUUUGAGUUACUUGGCUCAAUUGAAAUAUGUUCACAGAGACGUUGCUUCUCGUAAUUGUCUGAUAAAUGCUCAGCGCGUGGUGAAAUUAGGCGACUUUGGUAUGACAAGGCCUAUGUAUGAAAAUGAUUAUUAUAAAUUUAAUAGGAAAGGAAUGUUACCUGUUCGAUGGAUGGCGCCAGAAUCGUUAGGUCUUGGAAUUUUCACACCAGCUUCUGAUGUGUGGUCAUAUGGUGUUCUUUUAUACGAGAUUAUCACAUUUGGAAGUUUUCCAUUUCAAGGCUUGAGCAACAACCAAGUACUCGCUCACGUGAAAACUGGAAAUUGUUUAACGAUUCCAAAAGGUGUUAAACCACAAUUAGAAGGAUUGUUUCGAUCCUGUUGGUCGGUGGAUCACACAAAAAGGUCAACAGCUCCAGAAAUUGUUGAAUUUCUAGCUAAUAAUCCACGCCUACUGUUUCCAUGCCUCGACGUUCCAUUGGCAAGUGUCCAGAUAGAGCACAGUGGACAAAUGCAAAUGCCACAUUUAUCUUGGCCGCAAGAAGGUCCUAAUUUACUCGAUGUUAAUACUGAGAAUGAUUCAAUUCUGCAAAACCCCGAACAAAACACAUCUGCUCAGUUUAAUGAAGAAGAAAGUUUAAGGCCGCUGUUAAGGCAAUUCAUUGACUCAUCUAGAUACACUGAACAAGACAAUGAUAACACAAAAGCAAAUGCUAGAUACGUAAAUGUACAACCAGGAUUAAAAACGUCAAAUAACAACAUUGAUGAAGGAAUUCUAAUGACAGAAAGAGGAUCUCAAGAAACUGAAUUAGUUUGAAAUAAUUACAUACCUACUAGAGACAAAAAAAGCAUUUUUAAUUAGUACAUAGAAACAAUAAACCGCAUGCCAAGAAGAAUUUAUACCUUUAUAACGUUAUAGAAUUGCUGGACUCUGUGAUUUCAAUUUUAAGAAAAAUAUUACUAUGCAUAAUUUUAGAACUUAAGGAUAGAUAAAAGUUUCCAUAUCUCUCAAUAUUUGUUACAUAGUUACCUAUUUCUCAGUUUUACUUGAGUGACACAUUUCAAUAUGUUUUUCUUUAAUCAUUAAUUAUUCCGGUUGAAAUUUUAGACAUUCGAAAGAGUCUGGUUUUUGUUAUCCGGAAUCAGUUAGUUCUGAUCGAACAACUAGACCGACGCUUGAACUCACACUCUGAUACUAAGAAGAGAAUAAUUGGGACAUCCAAAUAAAUAUUUCGGAUAUUUUUUUCGUGAGUUGGUAUAUCAGAGCGAGCCUCCAAUUAUCAGUCGAGUCAUUCGAUCGGACCUCUCAAUUUUAGUGGGGAACAAGUCAAAAAUUUGAACCAGAUGAUAAAUACGAAAUAAGUCUGCUCAAUCGCUUUCUGAGACUGUUAAAACAAACGCACACUCCUAUGGUAUUUUUAUAACAUUAUACUGAAAUCUGAUCGAAUCUACUGCUCGGAAGUGGUGCCGACUCGAUCAAAUAAGGUCAUCUCGCGCGAAAAUAAGUACAACUAUAAUAGCCGUAUGAAGAAUUUGAUAUAGGUUAAAACUCGUACGCUACCAAAAAUAAUGUAGAGGAAUAUCACUCGACAAAAAAUCCUUGAUCGAGACUAAUAAUAAGCGCCCUCAUUCACACUCUGUUUCUGAAAUUGGUUCGAGCUUUGAGUCAAACCCAGAAUUAGAGAGGGGCAAUGAACGUGAGAAAGAAAUUUCCUAUACUCGUUUCUGUCACUCUCAUUGUCCUCAACUCGGAUUCAAAAUCACACGCUUGUUGAUUCGAUCCACGAACCAAUGUUGGAAACGCAUUCAAGUUGCAUAAUACAAGUAUUAGGUAGAAAAAGUACUGCCUUUAGAAUUUAAUAUAAAUAUUGUAUACACUAAACAAAACGAUUAGUUGAAAAUACCAUUUAGAUUUAGUAAAAUAUACCACUAUUAUUUGUUAUAGUUCUUAUGAUGUUCCUUUGUCUCGUUUCAAAUUUCAAUCGAUUCGAUUAGUCUCUUACAUAUUCAUUUGUCAUUAACGGUCAACCUGUAUUUUUAUCUAACAAAUUAAUGAGUAUCAUUAAAUAAUCAAAUAAAAUAGAUAUACGUAAUAUUUUGUUUGAGAAUUGCUUUAUACUGAAGAGCGUUUUGUUGCAUAUUUUACUAAUCGAGAAUAGUAAUGGUUCCUAACUAAUCUUUGCAAUCAGUGUAUUAAUAAGCUUCCCGCAGCUAGCGCAACAUUUUUAUCAAGUUUGUUGCGUAAAGUUCAAAGCUUUGCAGUAAAUUGGUUUUAAAUUAAAAAGAACUGUUCUAUAUGUAUCGAAUUUUCCAAAAUGAGCCAAAAGUUUGCAUGACAAACUUGUUUUAAAAUAUUGUGCUAGUUGGAUUUUCGCAUAAAAAUAUGUUAUUUCACCAUGACACUUCCUUCUAUUAUAAUUAUAGACUCUGAAACAAAAUAUUUUUAUAAAAUUUUUUAAAAAAAUUAAAUUAAUAUAAAAUUUUGUGAAAUUUUAAAUUCUUGUCUUUUAUAACAUAAAAAUAUUAUUGAAAUACGUUGUAUAAAUUUGACUCCUUAUUUGCUUUAACAAGUUCAUUUGACUGCAAAAAAUAUAAAAUGUUAGCAGUAAUAUGAUGCAUAUCGGUUUGAGGCUUGGGUUAGCAAAAAAUAGUUGGUAUGUGGGGAAACUAGAAAAAUUUUCCUUUAAUUUUUUUUCGACUGCGAAAGGAUUAAUUGAAAAUCGCUUAAAAUUAAAAAAAUACGUAAUAUAUAUUUAUUUAUGUAAUAUUGUUGUAAUAUUAUUUUUAUUAUUUAUAAUUUAAUACUAUAAAUCGUUAUAUUUGUUUAACAAAGUAUUAACACUUACUUCCGCUCAGCGAUAAAGUUUACGGAACAUUAUAAACUGGAAACAAUGAAAACAACAUAAUAAACGCAUUCAUUUGAAUAGUUUCAGUUUUCACAGCUUGCAAUUAUUGUGAACCAUUGUCAUCAACUAUAUAACAAUAAAUCAGUAUUGUUUAAAAUACUUUUCAAUCAAAUUUAAGAUAAUGCGCACAUCAUAAGGACAAUAUAUCUUUCGAUCAUUAUAAUUAAUAUGUAAACAUACAAUUAUUUAGUUAUAUACAAUUUUAUAUUGCAAAUAAACAUUUGUAAAUAAUA